AUGACCAUCUAAAGUCAAAUUCCAACGGUUUUUUUUUUCCCGUUUUCCGGAUCUUCCGCCCGGGAUUUACCGGCGAAAUAAAUCACCGCCGACUACGCCGGAAAAUGCCAGGUCCAGGCCCUCACAUGAUGUACGCCCUAUCAACAGGGGUAGGUCUGAUGAGUAUCUCAAAUGGCAGAUUCAGUCCUCACCACUGCAUCAUCUACUCUCUCAACGCCUUUUUCGGUCCCGAUAUCGGCUCAUUCGCCGAGUGGCUAACUUCUACCAUCGGCUUAGCCGGCUUAUUCGGGUCUUCGGUUGAAACCUAUAUUCAUGAUCCUUUCUUUUACACAUUGAUCCUUGGAAUCCCCUUUUCUUUACUCUAUACUCGCGUUUCGAAGUUUUUCGUCUCUAAAAGUUAUCUUGAUUCUAUUUCAGGGGUGGGACUUAGUGUGAAGCAAUGUUUGUUGCUUAUAUCAGCUGGUUCUUUAUCUCAUUUCUUUUUGGAUCAUUUGUUUGAGGAAAACGGGCACUCUACCAUGUACACUUGGAUAUUAAGUACUGGUUGGUGGGAAGGUCGUGCUCCUGUCAAUCCAGACGCUGUUGUUGUGAUCGGGCUCUUAUGUACCUGUUUGAUCAUUGGUUUCAUUCGCAUCAACAGGAUAAAGCCUGAAAAAUCUAUCAGGAAACAAUCAAUUAACUCCACAAAGCUUAUAAUAGUAAUUGCUAGCUUGUACUGUGUAUGGUGUGUGAGCCAAAUAUACUUUGUUAAUCCUCCAAGACCAGCAGUUGGUGAAGAAGCAGAUCUUGGAGUCAUUUUGUUUCUAGCUGUUUACUUCUUCCUUCCACACUCGUUAUGCAUCAUGUCAAUGCACCCACCGGAGCGACUCCCGCUUUAGCCAACUCCAGCUUGUUAUACAUGACCACUGCUGAAUUCUAAUCCAUGCUUGUACCCAAUAUCAUGUUGUAUUCCAUUCCCCACAUGGGCAAAAUACUGAAUAUAUAUUGUUAACAUUAAAUUUUGAAACCAGGAAAGAAACAUUCAUGAGUUUGUCUGGGUUGUGCAGAA